GAGUGGGUAUUUUUGCCCAGCAGUAUUAAAAAAGCUGAUUAGGGGAGAGAGAACAGUGAGGAAGGUAUGAUUCUGAUCCCUUCUCUCCAAUUAUUUCCUCUGCAGUCUUUGACGUUUCCUUUGUAGUUUUCUUUGUGCAUCUCGUCUCUGUAAUUUUUGCUACCUUGUCAGUAGCCAUCACUCCCACUUUACAAACUCACAUAGCAAAGGUAAGGUCAUUGAAAAGCCUCUCGGAAUCUUCAAAGAAAAAAGACACAGCUUCAAACACAAAGUUCGGGUUGUUGUCAUCUUGUAGCUGCGGAAGUUGUAGAAAUUGACCAUCCAGAUUGCCCUUCUCUCACCAUAGGUAUAGUGUUUGUUUGAAGGAUGGUGAGAAUGUUGGUAGCAGUAGCAGUGGUGUUGUUGAUUGUAGGAGGCUGUGUGGAGGGAAAGCCUCAUCGGAUUCUGGUGGAUACAGAUGUUGGCACUGAUGAUUUAUUUGCUCUUCUCUAUCUUAUGAAACUCAACACAUCACAGUUUAAAUUGGAGGCAAUCACCAUUAGUGCAAAUGCUUGGACCAGUGCUGGACAUGGUGUUAAUCAAAUUUAUGAUUUGCUAUACAUGAUGGAUCGAGAUGAUGUUGCAGUUGGAGUUGGCGGUGAGGGUGGAAUACUCCCAAAUGGUACCAUACUCCCUAACGUUGGUGGAUAUCUUCCCAUCAUAGAACAGGGAAUGACAACAGUUGGAGAUUGCAGGUACAGGCGAGCCAUUCCUAUUGGUGUUGGAGGGCGUUUGGACAAUGAUGCCAAUUAUGGUAUCAGGAAAGCAUUCCUACCACAGGGAAGAAGGAAAUACAGUCCAAUGCAACAAGCAAGCUCACAGGAAGUGUUGAUUGAAAAAAUAUCUUCUGGUCCCAUAACAGUGCUUGUGAUUGGAGCACACACAAACAUUGGAAUCUUCCUAAUGAAUAACCCACAUCUGAAGAAAAAUGUGGAGCGUAUCUAUAUAAUGGGUGGGGGCGUAAGGUCAAGCAAUCCAACAGGUUGUUGCCCUAAGAAUGCUUCACCUUCCUGCAUGCCUCGCCAGUGCGGUGAUCGGGGGAACAUAUUCACAGACUUUAAUACUAACCCUUUUGCAGAAUUCAAUAUAUUUGGAGAUCCUUUUGCUGCAUACCAGGUGAUUCAUUCUGGAAUUCCUGUCACUCUUGUUCCUCUGGAUGCAACAAACACAAUCCCUAUCACUAAAGAAUUCUUUGACGAAUUUGAAAAGAGCCAAGACACAUACGAGGCACAGUACUGUUUCAAAUCCUUGAAAAUGGCUCGUGAUACUUGGUUUGACGACCAAUUCUAUUCGAGUUAUUUUAUGUGGGACUCUUUCGCAGCUGGUAUAGCCGUCUCAAUCAUGAGUAAACCCAAUAACCAUAAUGGGGAAAAUGAAUUUGCUGAAAUGAACUAUAUGAACAUAACUGUUAUAACUUCAAACAAACCUUAUGGGGCAUCUGAUGGAUCUAACCCUUUCUUUGAUGGCCGAAGAAUUCCUAAGUUCAAUCUAGAGAAAGGUGGGGUGCAUAGUGGUCAUGUUCAACAAGGACUUAGAGAUCCACUUUGUUUUGUGAAAAAUGGGAAAGGUAGAUGUCAGGAUGGUUACACAAAAGAGGUAAGUGGUCCAGACUCAGUGAGGGUACUUGUUGCCACAAAAGCAAAGCCUAACAAGGANGUUAGGAGCAAACUUGACAGAGAAUAUUUCAUAAACUUCUUGAAUGUUAUGAAGGAUCCACAAAAUUCUGGGAGGUUCAACUUCACCACACAGUUUCCUUAUUACAAAGAAGAAAUUUACAAGCCAAAUUUUCAAAAUAAAACACUGGGGAAACCUGUUGUGUUUGACAUGGACAUGAGUGCAGGAGAUUUUCUUGCUCUAUUUUACCAUUUAAAGCAAUCUUAUAGCAUGUAUCAGCAUAUGGGCACGUUCUUGGGAGAAAUUCUUGGCGCAGUUGUCUUGGGUGAUAGCUAUUCAGGUCUUGAUCCAAAAUUUGAGGAGAAGCUCAUUAAAGUCUUGGCUGAUGGUAAUGAAUCGAGAGAUGGAAAAGUUGUGGUGGAUGAAAAAGGUGGAAAAUUAGUGAGAAUUUUAACGAAUGUGAAUGCCAAAGCCUACUAUAAAUUGUAUGCAAACAAGCUUGGCCAUGAGGAACAGUCAGCUAAGAUAGGGAGUUUUGAGGAACAACGGAGAAGAUGGAGUCAUCCUCAGUUGAAAUUAGAGAUCUUUACUUCACUCUUUACUAAGUGAAUUUUAAACAUAACUUCAUCUCAAUAAUUAAGGUGAAAACUUAAACAAAUUGCAAUCUAGUUUUUACAUCAAUUGCUUCUUGAUUGCCACCGUUCAACUUUGAGUAAUGAAGAAAAAAGAAAGGCGUCUUCAAAGAGUAA